AUGGCCUAUCCAGACCAAGGUCGACCGGGUAGAAGCAAUUCGGACAGCUCUACUGCAAAUGCCAUGACAACGCCAUACGCCGCCCGACCCCGGAAAAGGACCGCACAUGCUUGUGGUGCCUGUCGGCUCCGCAAGUCAAGAUGCGAUGGACGACAACCAUGUUCGUGGUGCACCGAAAAUGAAGUAGACUGCCUUUAUGGCAAGCAGGAACCUAGCAUAACUCAGGGAAAGAGCGAUCAAAUCCUAGAGACCGUUUUGCGUAUGGAUGGUCUGCUUCGAAGUAUCCAUGAGAACCUCAAUGAACACAAUCAUGUGAGGUCGAUAGCUUCACCGCGCUUCUCGGAUCCCUCGUCGCCAGAUCACCAAGACUUUGCUAAAGUCGCGAAUGCCACUAUAUCGUCAACACACAUCAGUGCAACACAAGAUUUACUAUCGGGCUCCUUCGCUGCACCAUUUCCUUCGCUUCGAGCUCAAUUCCAUCCUAUCUUUCUCCUCGAAAGCAAAUGUCCCCCCAUGCCGGUUCAACCUAGGUCCAUCAGACCUGUCUUCACAACAGACGAAGCAGAACGAUUGCUGACCUCCUUUCAACGCAAUGUCAACUUCUGGUAUCCAACAGUGAGCAAAGCUACCCUCCAAGUCCUAUUCGAAAAAGUGCGAAAUGGAUUUAUGGGGAAUACCUGUGAAGAUUGUGCUGCCUUACUCGUGAUGGCUCUUGGCGCUGCAUCAGAGCUCAUUCAUGUGGUAUUCUCUCAGACUGAGUCUCGAGGCUUUCAAUCUAGGCAGCAGCAAAGCGAACUGAUGACCAUUGCGAACGUCUGUUUCGACGAAGCUCUGAAGUUGUUGACGGUGGCGUAUAUGGACGUCAGCACCAUAGCUACACAAUGUGUUUUCCUUGCAGCGCUUUAUUGUUCGUUCCUUCAACGACCUUUACAAACAUGGGGCCAUCUUAAUACAGCGGCUGCCAAAUGCAGAUCACUGAUCGCAUACGGCACGGAAUCAGGAAAUGUCGAGGACGAUGAAUGCAUACGACGGAUUUUCUGGUCUUGCUAUAUUAUUGAAAGUGAUCUAAUCUCAGAACUCUCACAUUUACCUCAGAGCGGAGUAGCAGACCAGGAAUCGGAAGUACCCCUCCCCGGGCCUCUACAAACCCACUUCACGGAGUCAGAGACCGAAUCCUCAGCGCUCUACUUCCUGUCCUGUAUCUCUAUUCGGCGCCUCCUCAACCGCGUACAUCAACUCCUUUAUGCCGCCGAGAAACAUAACACUUACACAUCAUCACGAGAUGAAUCUCUUCGAGCACUAAUAACGGAACUUGAUCGUCAGCUUGUGCUUUGGCACGACACCCUCCCUGGAUUCCUAGUGUUUAAAGAAGACACGAGAGAAUGUGCCAAUGAACAUGCUGCGUUUCUGCGACAAAGGUAUCUGGCAUGUAAGAGUGUGAUUUACAGGCCGUAUGUUGAGAUUGUACUCAAGCAUAACGACAUGGCUCACUCCAGGGAGACAGUGGAAGGAGCGGGAAGGUGUUUGAAAGCGAGCUGUGAUCAUAUUGCCAAUCUGAAGAGUUUUGGCCAGACAGUGAUGAUUGAUACUUGGAUUUGCUCUUUAUCAAUGACGAGCACGAUGUUCAUCAUCCUCGUCUCGCUUCAAAAUCAAGCCCUUGGACCAACCCUCCUCGAGCACAAUAUACCGGACUUUGGACCACAUCUACGUCGGCUACUUACUUCUUGGAUCGGUAUGAUGCAGCAGAAGUCGCCGAGUAUAGAACAGAGCAUUAGACUUAUUGCUGAGAUUGAGCAUCUGAUUGGAGCCUCUCGAUGA